GCAAGCUGUGACUCGGAUCUUAAUUUAUAUAACAAAGCUUCUGUUCCCUGGCACUAACAUUACGGUCACUCCACAGUCCUGCCCCAAAGUCGACUGCGGCUGUGCCUGACCACCCACUAGUGCGAUGGAGAUCAUGUCAGUCAUCGAGGCAUGUUUCUCGGCAUUGAUAAUCGCCGGGCUCACGCAUUGGAUCUACAGAUGGAGGAAUCCCAAGUGCAAUGGAGUUCUCCCUCCAGGAUCACUUGGCCUCCCACUCAUCGGGGAGGCCCUGGAGCUCAUGAUCCCGAGUUACUCUUUGAAUCUCUUACCAUUCCUCAAGAAGAGGAUACAGAGAUACGGGAAGAUAUUCAAAACGUGCGUGGCUGGUCGAACCAUAAUUGUGUCGGCAGACCCCAAGUUCUGCCAUUUUAUCUUCCAGCAAGAUGGGAAGCUGUUUGAUGCGUGGAGCUUAGACACUUUCUCCAAGCUCUUUGACCAGAAGACUGCAAACAUGUCCAGUAUCCACCGCUACAUUAGGACCUCGGUCCUCAGGCGCUUCGGGAUGGACGCUCUUAAGCAAAACCUCCUCUCUGCGAUGGAAGAAGAGUGUAGAGCAGCUUUACGGAGUUGGUCGCAGCAAGAAUCUCUUGACAUUAAAUACGCCUCAGGAACGAUGGCACUUGAAUUUAGUGCGAAGCAGUUGUUCAGUUACGAUCCGCAGGCGGAGCAGUCAUCGGAGAAACUGGGCGACGUAUAUUUUUUAUUCACCGAGGGGCUCAUGUCCAUUCCCCUGAAGCUCCCUGGCACAGCCCACUACAAAUGCUUACAGAAUCACAAGAAGGCACUGUCCAAAAUCCGCGAAAUAGUCAAGGAGCGGAUUGCUUCACCGGAGAGGUCCGAAGAAGCAUCGGAUUUCCUCGACCACAUGAUUUGUGGCAUGAAAACGGAUAAAUUCUUGACAGAGGAAUUCAUGACUCAGCUUUUGUUUGGUCUUCUCUUCGUUACAUUCGAUUCUGUAUCAACGGCGUUGAGUUUGGCUGUCAAGUUGCUCGAAGAGCAUCCCUUGGUGCUGCAAGAACUCAUUGACGAGCACGAAGAGGUCCUCAAAAGAAGACAAACCUCAGACUCCUUGCUUACGUGGAAUGAAUACAAAUCGAUGACUUUUACUCUGCAUGUGAUCAACGAAGUCCUCAGGCUGGCUAACAUCUCGCCCGGUUUGUUCCGAAAAGUCAAACAGGAUGUAGAAGUGAAUGGAUAUACAAUUCCUGCAGGUUGGGGAGUCAUGAUCGCUACUUCUGCUCUCCAUAUGGAUCCCGAGACCUACAAGGAUCCAACAACAUUUAAUCCUUCGCGGUGGAAGGACUGCAAGUCGGAGGAUAUGCUGAAGAAUUUCAUGCCAUUCGGUUGGGGAAUGAAACAGUGCGUCGGAGCCGAGUACUCGCGGGUGUUGCUGGCGACUUUUCUCCAUGUCCUAGUCACCAGAUAUCAAUGGAAGUUGGUCAAGGGAGGAGAGGUUUGCCGAGCGCCUAUGCUGAAGUUUAGGAAAGGCUUGCACAUCAACUUCCUGCAAAAGCAUAUGUAGUUGAUCUUCAUAAUUUAUGAUGUUAAAUAAGCCAUCAGAAUGCUUCGGCAUUCACUACUAUAUAUUCGCAGUUUCUGAAUCCAUGCAUAUGAUUUGUGUGUUCA